AUGUCAGAACCGCUGUCGGUGGUCGCCAGCGCAGCUGGAAUCAUCUCUCUUGGUAUCCAGGUCAUCGAGAAAAUCAUCGUUUACUGCGAUUCAUGGAAAGGCUACGACAAGGAUCUCGGAGAUCUCAGCCACAAAGCCAGUGGGCUAUCGAAAACCCUGGAACUCCUCGAGAAUGUUCUCCAACAUAGACAAAUUGUCGACUCAUUGUCUCAGAAACAGAUUGAAGACUUGAUGGAUGCCAGUAAAGUCACGAUUGAUAAACUCAAAGAGAUGACCGACAAGAUACCUUGCCACUCCAGUAGUUCGAAGGCGGCCUUUACGAGACGGGCACUAUAUCCGCUGCGAAAGCAGACGUUGGUCGAUGCUGCAGGGAUGCUGGAUAGCUUGCAGGCCAACAUCAAUACAGCACUGAGUGUAUUGCUACUACACCAAGGGUCUGUCGCACAAAACAACUUGAGCCAAGAGCUUCAUACACAACAUUCCACUCUUCAAAAUAAGCUCUCGGAGCAAAAUGCUCAACUCGAGAGAAUGUCCCAAGUUAUGGAAAAGAAGAUUGAACUUCAGAGUCGGCUUUUGCGAUUUUCGCUGACACUGACGUUGUCCAUUACCAAGGGUGCGGGCGGCUGCUCAAUCGCUCCUACACUUACAUAUCGAGGAAUCACAACACAGGACUUCGAAUCCCUGAUAGGGGAAUACUUUCGGGACACCCCUGUUCUAGAGAGGAAUUAUGUCCAGUGUUGCCACUACCUGUUUGAAAAGAGAAUCAUUCGCCCGUCUGACACACAGACCAAUGAAGCCACACUCCUAGAAGUAGUAUUCGCGUUAAUCGUGCUUAGAAGAUAUGGGCCAGAAGAGUUUUACAAUUCUUUCCAGAAGGUGACGAGAUAUUUGAUCGAGGCAGGGGUCCCCGUGAAUACCUCACAGAAUACCCUUCUUGACCUUCUUCUACAUGGUUUGAGGGCGGACCAUCUGUCACACCCCGUGAUGUCGGAACUCAUCGACGCUGGAAGCUAUAUCACAGAUAAAGCUCUAACACAUUACAAUCGAAAAGAAAUUCAGUCCUUCCUCUCGCAUCAUCCGGAAGCUGUCUACGUUUCCUCCCCUGCGCUGGCACUCGUUCAUGAAGAUGAAGAAACAUUCGCAAGAAUCGUACGUCGAGACAAGCUGUCGGGCAAUGAUACAAUUGGAAAGUAUAAGGCAAUAGAGCUAGCUAUUGGCUGGCCUUCAGGUGUCAAGACCCUUCUCGAGGCAGGAAUGGAUUCUGUUCCGCCACACGCCCUUAUGUUUGCUGUUGACUUGGGCUGCACAUCUUCACUCAAGUUGCUGCUUGAGGCGGGCGAUGUUCUUACCACAGAGAGCAUUGGAUAUAUUGGUAUUAAGGCGAAAAAUGGGGAAAUGGACCUCCUGAUUGAUGGGAUCAUUCUCCGACGAACAGAACUACGCGACCUUGCCAUUACUUGUCUAUCAGAGCACAAAUGGAGAGAAAUAGGAGUGUCCCGCGACUCUUUGCCUGAUCUAAUAGCACCCAAAGUCUACGAGUCGCUUCGUGCUGAAGGCGUCGAUGUACCCAAGAGACUACGCCCUUCAUGGUAUCGCGAGUAUACCCAAAAACCGGAUGGUGAAAUUCAAGUCGAAAUGCCCUACUUCUGCGUCUUUCAUUUAAUUAACCUGCUCGUUCGGUACAUGCAACGACUGUACGAUGCGGGCUUGACUGACGUCGAUGAACCCGACAGCGCCGGGCUUACACCCUUGAUGUGCACUCGCGGAGCAACGAGUCCCUCCCAAUUAUUCAGCAGGGCGAGGUGGCUAGUUUCGAAAGGUGCGAAUCCUAGCCGGCUUCUGCCUGGCACAGCUACCCCCACAAUGCACAAAAUCAUCAGCGCCAGCAUAGUUCUGAUUCAGGACCUCACUCUUGUCUCUUGGAAAGCAGUGAUAUCCGAGUAUGUGGAUACUCAAUUCGCAUAUCUAGACCGGGGAAAUCGAACAUUUUUGAAAGAUGCAAUCACGGAGAACAAGCACGAUGGCUGCAGUGAGAUCCCCCUCUGA